AGGAGCCCGUGCGCCGGCAGCGCCUGACGCCCGCCCGUAGCGGGGCAGCGCCAGCGGCCGGGGCCGGGGCGGCGGCCGGGAGCGCCCCCGAGCCCCCGUCCCGCCGCCAUGUUCAAGAAGCUGAAGCAGAAGAUCAGUGAGGAGCAGACGCCACCGCGGAGUCCCGGGGACCGCUCGGCCCAGCCCCAGGCCCCCUCCAAAUCUUCACCAACAGGGGACAGGAGCAGAACAUCUUCAUUUACAGAGCAGCAUGAUGAAGGCACUUUAACACCAGACAGAGAGCUGCUAGCUGGGAUGAUAGCAGAGCCUGCUUUUCUCUCUGAGUAUACUAUCUUUGCUUUGGAUCCCACCAAACAACCUAAAUCACAGAGUGACAAUGUGAAUGUAUCUAAGCAAACAGCCCCCAGGUCUGCAGACAACAGUGACAGUGAACCAUCUUCCCCCCAGUUGUGUGAUACUCAGUCUUUUGCACAGAAGCUUCAACUCCGGGUUCCUUCAAUGGAAUCUUUGUUUCGAAGUCCAGUAAAAGAGUCCAUAUUUCGCUCUUCUUCUAAAGAGUCCCUGGUACGAACUUCUUCAAGAGAUUCACUGAAUCGACUUGACAUUGACACCACUAGUCCCACAUUUGAUCCACCCUCUGAUGUUGAAAGUGAGGCAGAAGAGUUGCUGGGAAACAUGGACAGCCUCAGCAAGGAACAGUUAUUACAACGGUUGCGAAGGAUGGAACGUAGCUUAGGCAACUACAGAGGAAAAUACACAGAGCUAGUAACUGCCUAUCAGGCUAUCCAGAGAGAAAGAAAGAAACUUCAGGGUAUACUGAGCCAGAGUCAGGAUAAAGCACUUCGACGAAUUGGAGAACUACGAGAGGAACUCCAAAUGGAUCAACAAGCCAAAAAACAUCUCCAGGAGGAAUUUGAUGCUUCAUUAGAAGAAAAGGAUCAGGUUAUUAGUGUCCUGCAGACUCAGGUAUCCUUGCUGAAACAGCGGUUACAAAAUGGCCAAAUAAGCACGGAGCUACCUGAGCCAACUGUUCAGUCAGAACCAAAUGCUCAAAGUCCAACAACAGAAAUCAAUGCACAAAAUGUUUGGGAAUCGGGAGGUACUGGUGGCAAUGAAGAUUCUGCAAAAACACUAGAAGCUCUUAAUCUGAGAGUAAAACGUCAAGAAAACCUGCUACAGCGAUGUAAAGAGAUGAUUCGAUCACAUAGGGAUCGCUCUGCACAGCUAUCUAAUGAGAAAGAGGCUCUGCAGGAGCAACUAGAAGAGAGACUUCAGGAACUAGAGAAGAUGAAGGAGCUUCAAAUGAGUGAGAAGACUAAACUGAUUACUCAGUUGCGUGAUGCAAAGAACUUGAUUGAACAGCUAGAACAAGAUAAGGGGAUGGUAAUUGCAGAGACAAAAAGACAGAUGCAUGAAACAUUGGAAAUGAAGGAGGAGGAGAUAGCUCAGUUGCGUGCUCGGAUCAAGCAGAUAACUACGCAUGGUGAAGAAUUGCGAGAGCAGAAAGAAAAGUCCGAAAAAGCUGCAUUUGAAGAGCUUGAGAAGGCUCUGAGUGUAGCCCAGAAGGCAGAGGAAGCUCGGAAAAAAUUGCAAGCAGAGAUGGAUGAAAAAAUCAAAAUGAUAGAAAAAACAAGUGAGGAAGAGCGGGUAAACCUUCAACAGGAGUUGACCAGGGUGAAACAGGAGGUGGUUGAGAUUAUGAAGAAGUCUUCAGAAGAACGUGUUGCUGAGCUAGAGAAAUUGCAUGAAAGAGAACUGGCUAUCAAAGAGCAGGAGCUGAAUGAGAAGUUACAGACCCAAGAAAAGGAGUUCCAGGGACGGAUGAAGGCAGCUCUUGAGAAUAAUCAAAGUGAGUGCUUAAAGACAAUACAAGAAAAAGAGCAGCAGGAAUCCUUAGCCUUAGAAGAAUUAGAGCUGCAGAAAAAAGCAAUACAGUUAGAGUGUGAAAAGAAACUUCAGGACAUGCAGCAAGAAGUAGAGACAUUUAGAACUAGAAUUCUUGAGUUGGAAAGUUCCCCCGCGAAGCAUUCGCAAGAUGACAAAAGACAAAUGGAGGAAUUAACCACUCUUAUAGAGUCUGAAAGAAACAAGCACAAUAAAGAAAUCACUGGUAUGGUAGAAAAACACAGGGAAGAGCUAGAAAACAUGAAACAGCAGCAGGAAAAACUUUGGACAGAAAAACUUCAACUCUUAGAGCAACAGCAGCAGUCCCAGAUAGAGAAACUGAGAGAGAGACAUGAACAAGAAAUAGAUGCAAUGUUAAAAGAAAAAGAGGCAGUUUUCCAUGCACACAUAGAAGAGAUGAAUGAAAAAACAUUAGAAAAGCUUGAUGUGAAACAAACAGAGCUAGAAACGUUGUCUUCUGAGUUAUCAGAAGCACUAAAAAUACGUUGUGAGCUAGAACAAGAGCUCUCUCUAUUAAAAAGUGAUUCCACCAGAGAGAACUUGGAGCUUGAGGCAAAGCUGGAAGAACAGAAAAGCUUGCACAAGGAAACAGUUGACACAAUGCUAAAAAAGGAUGAAGUGUCUAUUCAAGGUAUUGAGAAGGUACUCAAAGAGGAAAUGAAUCAACUUAAACUAUUAUUGGAGGAAAAAGAAAAACAUGUGGAGGAAUUAAGACUACAAGAACAGAAGUUAAAGGAAGUAGCAGAAAGAGCUGAAGCUGAAGUUGGACAAGUGUCUGCUAAACUAGAAGAUCUCAGUCAGUCGCACCAAAAUAACUUCAGGGAGCAGGCAAAAAUGUACGAAGGGCAGUUAAUGGACCUGCAACAAAAACUGGCCAGUAUGGAAGAUGAAAGAUCACAUCUUAAAGAACAGAUUGUAAGAACUGAAUCCCAGCUGAAUGAAGUUAAGAGUGAAUUAAACUCUUACAUCUCCCAGGUACAUGACCUGAGGCAACAACUGCAAGAGCAAAGCAAUGAAAACUUGCAGAAAAUAACCUCUCUAACACAACAUUAUGAAUCUCAAAUGAAAGAUCUGAGUAGAGAGAUUGAUCGAGCAAAAACAAAUUUGGUUGAAAAGGAAAAUGAAAUUGAACAAAUGAAAAAACUACAGAAUGAGCAAAUGGAAGAGCUCAAACAGAAAAUAGUAGUCAAAGAGGAGAGAAUUAGUGCUAUACAAGGUGAAUAUGAAAAUAAAUUAAAACAGCAGGAGAGUAAGAUGGACAAAAUGAAACAAAAAGCAAAGGAGAUGCAAGAAACAUUAAAAAAGCAGCUCUCUGAGCAGGAAGCUAAACUGAAAAAAGAACUUGAAAACAAGCAGUUGGAAUUCAGUCACAAAGAGAGCGAGUUCAAUGCAAAAAUUUUGGAAAUGGCACAUGCCAGCUCAGCUGGAAUCAGCGAUGCUGUGUCAAAACUGGAAAUGAAUCAGAAAGAGCAACUAGAAAAUCUUGCAGUGGCUCAUCGGCAGGAACUGGAAAAAGUCGCACAAACUUGGGAAAAGAAACUGAGUCAGCAGGCUGAGGAGCUCCAGGAAAAGCAUGAGAUAGAACUACAGGAAAAAGAACGGGAAAUUGGAGACCUGAAGCAGAAUCUUGCCAUAUUCAGUGCUGAGAAGGAAAGGACUAGCACAGAGAUGGUUCAGCUGCAGGAAAAACAGGUGGAGAAAGAGAAAACUUUGAAUGAACUGCGGGAGCAACUGAAGUUGUCACUGGCUCAGGUUAGCACUUUGUCACACAGUGAAACUGACCUGAAGGCACAGCUUGAAAAACUAAAAGAUGACCUUAAUUGCUCCCUGAAGGAAAGGGCUGAACUUCAGGAACAGCUCAGUGAGCUGAAAAAAGUGGAAGAAGAAAGCCGGGCUAAGAUUACAGAACUUACAGAUACGCUACAAACAGUUGAUGAAAAACUCCAAACUCUGCAAUCCUUACACUGUAAAGAACGUGAAGAUUGCGAGAGAGAACUAGAGGGGAAACAUAUGGAGAUUCAGCAAAAAGAAGUGGAAUUCCAGAAGUUGUCCAAAGAGCUUACAGAUACUUACUGGAAGACAACUGAAGCCUUAUUGCAAACUAAAACUGAUGAGCUAAUUGAAAAAUGUAAUGAUAAAAUAAAGGUAGUAAUUUCCAAAAUUGCAGAUUGUCAGCAUCAAAUUACAAAAAUCAAAAAAGCAAUAUUAAUUAAAAAGUGUAAACUUCCUGAAUUAGAAGCACAACUUAGACAAACAACAGAAAACCAUACUGCUUUAAGCAGCUCUUUGCAGGAGUCAAGACAACAGUUACAAGAGAAGGAUAAUUUAAUUAUGUCCUUGAAAGCCGACAUCGAGGGCCUUAUAACUGAAAAAGAGAGACUGCAGAAAGAAGGAGGGCAUCAACAGCAGGCAGCAACUGAGAAGGAAACUUGCAUCACACAGUUAAGAAAAGAAUUAUCUGAAAAUAUUAAUGUUGUCACCUCAGUGAGAGAGGAGCUUCAGACUAAGGAAUCUGAAAUCUUGGCUCUGAACAAGAUGGUGUGUGAACUAAAUGCCAAACUUGAGAACAGCAUAAGCUUAACAGAAAAAGAAGAAGCCAUAUCUUUAUUAAGUAAGCAUCACCAAGAAGAUAAGCUACAGUUUUUAAAUCAAAUUCAGGAAUUAUCUUCCAGAGUUGUGACACUGAAUCAAGAAAAAGCAUCAGCUCUUGAGCAAGUAGACCAUUGGAUGAACAAGCUGUCAGAAUGGAAAAAGAAGGCACAGGUAAGGCUUACACAAAAUAAUAAUAUUAUUAAAGAGUUACAAAGCAAACUUGAGCUAAAUGAUACCCAAGCUAGCGAAAAGAAAGAAGAGUUAAAUCGUCUGAAGGAUGAGCUAGAUAAGCAAAGCAAAGAUCUAGAUAGUUUGAAAAGCAUAAUGGAAGAAAAGCAGAGCAGCAGGGAGAAGCGAGAGUCUGAAUUGACUGCAGAAUUAAAAAUCAAAACUUCGAGAAUUGCUGAGCUAGAGGAACACAUUGCUCAAAAAAUGACAGAAAAUGAUUUGUUAAUGGAAGAACUAAAGAGGCAUAAUGAGCAAAAAGACACUGAGCGAGAAGCGCUGGUUCAACAACUUCAGCAGACUGAGGCAGCAAUUGUUGAAAAGGACAACAGGCUUAAGGAUGCUGAAGAAAAAGUGCUGAGUCUUGAAAAGAAAAUGCAAUCAAUGAAAGCUGAACUUGAGGCAAAACAGAGGGAAUUUGAUCAAAUGAAAACUGAAAUGAUGAAAAGCAAGGAGGAGGAGUUGAAGGUGUUAGAAGAUAGGUUGAAUAUGGAAAACAGCGCCAAAUUAACAGAAUUGAAAAAAAAGGCAGAACAAAAAAUUGCUUCUAUUAAAAAGCAGUUAACCUCUCAAAUGGAAGAAAAAGACCAGCAGCUUAAGCAAGAUAUGGAAAGUCAGUUAAAGGAUUUAGAACAAAAAAUGCAGGAAAGAGAAGCCAAAAUUAUGGCCUUAAAAGAAAAAAUUAGAUCAACCAAAGAUUCAACAGACUUGGAGAGAGAGAUGCUGCAAAAAGUAGAAAAUGUCAAAAUUUCUAUAGAGCAAGAAAAAAACAACAUACUGGAGACACUGCGACAGACAUACGAAGAGAAAAUAUGUGCAUUACAAAAAGACUUGUCAGCAAAGGAUAAAUUGUUGGAGAAAUAUGAAAAACAGCAACAAGAAAGUAAUAAUUCAAAAGUAGAAAUGCAAAACCAAGAAGAACUCUUAAAAAAAGUAGAAAGUUCUGAGAGAAAACUAAAAGAGGAAGAAGCUGUGAUCAAAAGGCUCCAGCAGGAACUUGAGGAACAAAAUAAGAAAUGUUCUUUGCUAUUAGACCAUUGCAUACAACAUGAGAGUGAUUUAGCAAGAUUUAGAGAAGAAUUAAAGACUAGUGAACAAAAUUGUCUUGAUACUGAGAAUGUGAUUGGAGACUUCCAGAAAAAACUGGAAGAAAAAGAGAGAGUCUGUCAGUCUUUGGAAAAUAAGCUGAGAGAGUUGGAGGAUAAUUUAACAAAGGAGAAGGAAGCGCACAAAGUUGAGAUAAAAGAUGUGUCAUUAAAAUAUGAAGAAAAAAUACAAAGUCUUCAGCAACAGUUGGAUGAAAGAAAUGGUCUCGUAAAAGUGUUUGAAGAAAAUGCAGAAGAGAAGACUAAAUCUGAUUUGGAACUGCAAAAAUUACUGGGAGAUAUGCAGACCCAGCAGAAGGACUUGCAGGUUAAACUGGAGGAGGCUGAAAGGGAGAAGCAGAAACUGCGCAAAGAUGUAAAUAAGCUGCAGAAAGAUUUGCGUACCUUACGAAAGGAGCAUCAACAGGAACUUGAUAUAACGAAGAAGGAAUCUUUACAAGAGAUGGAACAGAAAAUCAGAUAUGAACGGGAAGACGUUGAACUAAAGCAUAACUCCACUUUAAAGCAGUUAAUGAGGGAGUUUAAUACUCAGCUGGCUCAAAAGGAGAAAGAACUGGAAACAGCUGUACAAGAAACUAUCAGUAAAGCCCAAGAGGUGGAAGCAGAGUUGAUGGAAUCUUAUCAUACAGAGACAACACAGUUGCAUAAAAAAAUUGCAGAAAAAGAUGAUGAUUUAAAAAGAACAGUUAAAAAGUAUGAAGAAAUCCUUGAGGCUCGAGAAGAAGAAAUGACAGCAAAAGUAAAUGAUUUGCAAACACAGCUGGAAGAAUUGCAGAUGGAAUACAAACAAAGAUUAGCAGAUGAAGAGCAUCGGAACAGUGAAGAAGUAACAGUAAUAGAGCUUCAGGCACAACUAGCACAGAAGACGACUCUAGUCAAUGAUUCAAAGUUGAAAGAGCAGGAGUUCAAAGAACAAAUUCAUAUCCUGGAAGAUCGAUUGAAAAACUAUGAGAAGAAUACGUAUGUUACAACAGUUGGAACACCUUACAGAGAUGGGAAUCUUUGCCAUGCUGAUGUCUCUCUCUUUGGAGAGCCUACUGAGUUUGAAUACUUACGAAAGGUCCUGUUUGAAUAUAUGAUGGGCCGUGAGACAAAGACAAUGGCAAAGGUUAUAACUACAGUGUUGAAGUUCCCAGCUGACCAAACCCAGAAGAUCUUGGAACGAGAAGAUGCUCGACCAUUGUUUACUUCACCUCGCAGUGGUAUCUUCUGAAUAUUUCAUCAGUCUGUCCUUAGUUAGCAUGUGGUCAUGGCUACGACCAUCUUGAAGAAAUUGUCAUAGUAAAAUCUUUCAUGACGACGCUGCUUAGAAAUACGGUCAUAUCUCUGUUCUCCUUUGAGAAUGAACAAAAGGAAAAACUAUUAUUCAGGGUCCCAAAUGGAGCAGCAAGACAACUUUGGACCAUGGAUAUAGUUUAAAACUGCCUUGGGAAGAGAUGCUAAUCAGGGGUUAUCUGGUGAUGAGUCUUUUCUCUCCUACUGAAUACUGUCUUCUAUUUUGUGUUUAAAAGUUAUUUUUUUAAAGGGGGGAAAAAGACUUUUGUCUAGAAAGGUUUUGCCUACUGCUAUAUUUGAAUGCAGGUUUCACUGGGUGUUUUUUAAGAGUUGAACUUCAUGGUUUGUCUCUUCUAUUUAUUUAUUUUUUUUUAUUUCUGUCUGAAUGAACUGUGCAAUACAUUUUUGGGUGGGUAGCAGUUAGUGGGCGACUUCCAGAUGAAUUAGGCCAUUUGACUAGUCCCUCCCUAAUAUGAUCUUUUGAUUGUUUGCUAAGGACUAUUUCUUUAAGCUUUUGCUUACAAUAAAUCCAAAUUGCAGUACCUCAUUUGUUUACUCUUAGCUUUUGUACUUAUAUUUUCUGGAGAAGAAAUACACUACUGUAAAUUGUAAAUAAUACAUAACUGUAUCAUAUGCUCAACUGUGACUGUUGGCAAUGCUAAUCUGGCAGGAGCUGAGAUUAAAUAAAAUUCUAUUUACUGUAUAAUUUUUUUUAA